GAGUGAUAUUGUGAUAAUAUAUUAUCUAUGAAGACGAUUUAAUUUCGUGAUAACACUGUUAAAUUAAAAAUUCCGUUGUUUUUGCAACUUGCUGUAUUUAGCAUUAGUAUUUACUAUUUAGAGCAUUGCCGCCUAAACAGAGUGCUCGCACAGUAAGUUGUAUGAAUGUUGAAUUGUUAUUAUUUUGUAAAAUAUUCAUACCUCAAGUAUUUAACUAGAUUAACUACCUAACCUACUUUUAACUUGGCAUUACAAAGUUACAUAAAAAAAUCGAACAGUACCUACUAUUUUUUUUUUAUUAUUUAUUGGAAUGAGGUGUAAUAUUUUUCAAGUGAUACUACGUUAUAUUAUUGUGCCUAAUUAUUAUUUGUACUUUCAACUUUGUAGUAUCAACAUAGGACAUAGAGUCAAAAUUCGAUAAUUUAUUGGUUUACAUAGUUCAUGUUUUGUUUAUGUAAAAAUUAUGGCAUCUGCUACAAUCAUAGUGCGUCAUUUCCCUCCACAAAUUUCGUCUGAAGAUAAAGAAGAAUUUCUCAAGUAUUUUGGUGCCAAAUAUGUUAAAAUAUUGACAUCUAAAACAAAUCGUAGAUCAAUUGCUUAUGCGAGGUUUGAAUCCCAAGAAUUUGCUGAAGCUGUUAUUCAGCGUUUGCAUCAAAAAGAAUUGUUAGGCCAUAGGUUGACUGUUGAAUUGUCUGCAAAUGAUCUUGAUGUCAAUCUAAUGAAAUGCCCUAAGCCACCACCAGUUAUUGAAUGCAAUACUGAUAAUGUAAAACAGUUACAAGAGGAUUAUUUAAAAAAAUUAAAUAGUUGGUCAGCUGCUAUCGAUUUAAACCAACCACCGCCACAUCAUCUACACUAUAGUUAUCCUGAUCCAAAUCCAUACAUAUUGUCGAAUAUUGCUAAUGCAUUAGCUUGCAAUCAGAAGUUCUAUUAUCAAGUCUUACACUUGAUGAAUCGCAUGAAUCUGCCUGCACCUUUUGAACCUGUCAUUGGUUUCCCUUUGAAUAAGUUUAUGAAAAUCGAAACUGCAGAUAAGUAUACCACUACUGAUGAAACUGAUCCUGAGCUUUCAGAAUCUGAAAUGGAAAGUGAUAAUGAAAGUGAUCAUAAUAUAGAACCUAAAUUUUCAUUGUUGAAAAAGAAAAUAUACAAAGUAAUAAAGCCUAAGCGUUUAAAAAAUGUUGCAACUACAGUGACAAAAAAGGCCAAAGUAGAAUUAGCCAAUGUUUUUGACACUGUUGAAUGUGAGAUACCUAAGAAAAUUGAAGUAAAAGUAUCAGCUGAAUUAAAUCCUGUUGAGGGUCCAACUGCGGACACUGAAGGAGGAUUUGGUGUAAUAUAUUCAUCGAAGAGUAUAAACAAAGAAGUAGAUAAAAAAGAAAGUGAAUCGGAUGAUGAUUUAACAGGAGAUUGUAUUAGUAAAGAAGAAUUAGCUACAAAUAGAUUAUCAGAUAAAGACAUUAAUAAUAUGCCUAUUUUUAAGAAUUAUCAUCCUGGAGCUCCAUCUUGUAGAUUAUACAUAAAAAAUUUAGCAAAAACGGUUUUAGAUAAUGAUUUAAAAUACAUUUAUAAGAGAUUUAUUAAAUCUGGAGAUCUUAAACCAGGAACUAUGUUUGAUAUACGACUGAUGCAAGAAGGGCGUAUGAAGGGUCAAGCGUUUGUGACAUUACCAUGUGUAGAAAAUGCCCAACAGGCACUGAAAGAAACUAAUGGAUAUAUUUUAAAAGACAAACCUAUGAUUGUACAAUUUGCUAGAUCAGCUACGGCAAAAUAAGUAUUAAUAAAAUAAUUUAAUGCAUAGAAA